GCAGAAAUGCUUGGAUUGGUUCGACCCAUCAUGGCUUCGUGACACUUCAUUAUCUCAGGGACUAGUGCGUCACGUGUACUCGACUACCACUGGACGGCCCGCCCACUGCUCAGUGCAUUAUCCGCCAUCUGUCGGAGAGAGUUGCACCAAACACAGCCAGAUAUCAAGUGACAGUUGAUCACUUGUGGGAGUCGUUGACAUACGAACUGUUUUCACCUGUAACCCCGCUUCAAGGUGGCGGCAGAUGGGGCUAUUCACGUGAAUUAAUAUGAAGCCUUACAAAAACGAUGGGGAUAAAGGAGAUAUUUGCGGAGGAGUUUAGUUCCACGAGUUUUCUUCUUGACCACAAGUAUCCGGGUCGGUUUGUGCGGUUUGAGUGUGGCAGCCCAAAGCUGUACGCGGUCUGGAGGUUUACAUGGAUGCUCUACCACAUCGCGGCUAUCAUAUCAAGCGGUCUCCUGGAGAAGUACUACGCCAGCUCUCCAGAUAACAGAUGGAAGUGGCUGAUUUUCCUCACGAACUGGAACUUCAUGGCUCUCACAUUGGGGGUCAUUGUGGAUUUCUUUACAACUGUGUUCGUCCAGUGGGGCUACCCGCAACUUCUCGAAGAAAAGGAAGAGGAGUCGUUACCAUGGUACCUGAAGUUGGUGUGGGUGCUGUCUAACAUCUAUAACUCCGUGUCUUUGAUGGUGACCGUGGGUUACUGGGGUUUCGGCACGUUCGACCCAACAAAAGGUUUGUCAGGACCUCGCGUUCUGCCCUUCCUCGGCCACGGCAUGAACUCCAUCUACGUCAUCUGCAACCUCUGUGUUACGGCCAUGCCGAUACGCUUGUUCCAUUUCUGGCAACCUUUAGUCUUCACCGUCAUCUACGGCAUCUUCAACACCGUUUACCUCGCCGUUGGCGCCACUGACGAUACAGACAAGCCUUACAUCUACCCACCGAUAGACUGGCGAAAAAGCCCAGUGAAGGCUGAAGCUAUAGGUCUAGGUGUAGUGUUUGGUGUGAUCUUCCUUCAUAUAUUGAUAUUCUUCAUACAUCUAGCACGUAGAGGUAUAGUGCACGCAUGUCGAUGCGGAACUCCCACAGCAGAGAAAGAACCAGCUGCAGCCAAGAUGAAGUCAUUAAGUGGCGAAUACGGGAGUACUCACAAAACAAAUAAUUUGUAAGAUAUUUGGGUAUAGGGUUUAAUAAAAUGUUGAGUUUC